UGCCAGCAUCUACUUAUACAUACAUACAUAUCACAUUAAUCAAAACGAUUAGAUAAUGAUGACUGUGUGAAUAUAUGCUACACAAAAUAAAACUCUAACAAUCCAGUACUGAAUGUUCUACCUGACUGCGCUCAGCUGCUGUUCGUGUAAAUACAAAUCGAACUCAAUAUAAAAUCUGUUCAGUUGACGGCGAAGUAGCUUAGUGAGUGAUUUAGGUGCGGUGAUUAGAUUUUGGUGAUAACAAAAUUCGUGUUUCAAAUUUACGACUAAAAUGACUUCUAAUACUCAUCCAAUAAUUGAUACCGAAUAUGGACCAGUACAGGGUGUACUGAAAACAACUGCCCUUGGACGGAACUUUUACGACUUUAGAGUUGUUCCAUAUAUGAAAGCUCCCAUUGGUAAGCUUAGAUUUCGAGAUGCUCAGCCGCCCGAUCAAUGGUCAGAACCGUUUAAUACAAACAUCGAACGACCGACUUACUUCUGUCCACCGUUCCCUCCGUUUCCAGCUGAUGGUCAAGAAGAUGCUGGUAUCGUUAGUGUUUCGACACCGUAUUUGGAUAGGAAAUUACCCGUUCUUGUGUAUAUACACGGCGGAGGGUUCCAAAUAGCUUCUGGCAAAUUGAAUUUAUUCGGUGGUGAUUAUUUGCUGCAGAAAGAUAUUGUCUUUGUAACAAUCAACUAUCGUGUUGGUCCGAUCGGAUUUUUGUCAUUAAAAGAUCCUGAGUUGGAUAUUCCUGGUAAUGCUGGAUUGAAAGAUCAAGUGUUUGCACUCAAAUGGGUCCAGAGGAAUAUCGCUAAAUUUGGUGGUGAUCCUGAAAAUGUCACAAUAUUUGGAACCUCGGCUGGAGGCGUGUCGGUACAUAUGCUAAUGAUGACGGAUUUAGCAAGAGGAUUGUUUAAAAAGGCGAUACCUAUGUCUGGAACAGCAUUCAUAAAAGCAUGGCCCUUUGCAGCAAAAAACAAUUUAACUGAACGAUUGGCUAGUUCAUUAGGCUGGGACGGUAAAGGCGGUGAAAGAGGAAUACUUGAAGUUCUGGAGAACGCCGACGCCAAAGAACUUGUUGUAGCAGAGUCUAAACUCCUAACAACUGAAGAACGAUUUAUAAACCACACUCCGUUCCCAUUCACACCAGUAAUUGAACCGUAUGUCAAUGAAAAAACGUUUUUAGCGAAGGAUCCCGUUCUAAUGGGCCGUGAAGCUUGGUCGAAUAGCAUCGAUUGUAUGAUUGGUGGAACCUCGCUAGAAGGUGGAAUGAUGAUGUUGUGGCUUAUCCAAGCAAAAUUAGAAGAACUUUUCAAGGAUCCAGCCCAUUUCACCUUAACUCGUGAACUUGGUUUGGACAUCACGAUACCCAAAGAUAAAGAAAAGGCGACCGAAUAUGGGUCAAAGUUGAAAUCAUUUUACUUCGGUGACAGCAAACCCUCGAUGGAUACGUUAAAAGAAUAUCUUUCGUAUGCUGGCGAUCUUCACUUUUGGCAUGGUAUCUAUCGUGCGGUUUUGUCACGUCUUCAUUCCAACGGAACAGGAAAAACGUUUUUUUUAUCAAUUCGAUUUGAAUACAAGUUUAAACUUUAUGAAGCUGCUCUUUCAAAGAGACUAUGAGGGCGCAAGUCACGGAGAUGAUAUGUCAUAUUUGUUCAAAACCGAUUUGCCCGGUUUGCCAGGAGUCAAUAUUGGUUCGAAAGAGUUUGAAUUGAUUAAGCGAAUGGUUUCUUUCGUUACUUCAUUUGCAAUUACCGGAAAUCCCAAUAGUUUCGAGAAUGAGAUCAAGUGGGAGACGAUUGACUCUGCCAAGAGUUUAAGAUGUCUCAACAUUACGAAUGAUUCGUCGGAAAUGAUUGAUUUUCCGGGAAUUGAUCGAUUGAAUGUUUGGAAUGAAAUUUGUGAAGAUUCAAAUGUGCCGUUGUAUUAGCUACUCAGUGUGUUGAAGAUUUUUUUCAUUGUAAUAAUUUAAUAACAAAAAAA